GGAACUCUGCGCCUGCGCGUACGUCGCGCUGGGGGUCGAUGGGUGCAGUCUUGCGCCUGCGCAGAGUGGUCCCGCGGAAGGCUGCGCCAGGGACCCGGGCGGUCCUGGCGCCUUCAGCCCUGUAGGUAGGUCCAUGAAUAAUUUAAAUGAUCCCCCAAAUUGGAAUAUCCGCCCUCAUUCCAGGGCUGAUGGAGGUGAUGGAAGCAGGUGGAAUUAUGCCCUGUUAGUUCCAAUGCUGGGAUUGGCAGCUUUCCGUUGGAUUUGGUCUAGGGAAUCCCGAAAAGAAAUAGAGAGAGAGAGAGAAGCAUAUCGUGAGCAGACAGCCGCUUUCCAGCAGGAUUUGGAGGCCAAGUACCAUGCCACAAUCUCAGAGAGUCGACGGGCCGUUGCUCGGCUAUCCCUGGAACUCGAGAAGGAACAAAACCGAACAGCUAGUUAUCGUGAGGCCCUGAUCUCUCAGGGGCGCAAGAUGGUGGAGGAGAGGAAGCUUCUGGAGCAGGAGCGGGCUCAGCUUGUACAGGAGGCGAGGCAGCUGCAGCCCCUGAGGGGCGCCUACCUGCACUGCCUGCAGGGGGAAGAGGACUGGCAGCAGAGAGCCCGGCGUCUGCUGCAAGAGUUUGAGGACGCACUCACAGAGCGCCAGAGCAUCUACUGUAGUCGGUUGCUGCCUCGCGGCCAGCGCCUGGAGAUGGAGAAGAGCCUGUUGGUGCGCGCCUCUGUUGAUCCUGUGGCUGCCGACCUGGACAUGGUGUCAGGGCUGACUGACAUAUUUAAGCAUGAUACACAUUGUGGUGGCAUCUGGAAUACCAACAAACGCCAGAAUGGCCGGCUCAUGUGGCUGUAUCUCCAGUACUGGGAGCUGCUUGUUGAACUGAAAAAGUUCAGGAAGGUAGAGAAGGUCAUCCUAGAGAAGUGAGCCCAGCAUGCAGUGGAUGCUGUGGUGAUGUCCUGGCUGUGGUGGCCCCGGGUGUCCCCACGAGCCAUGGCCAAGUGAAGCUCAUGCAGCACAGAAUGUCCUGUUUGACUUCCAACCAGAAAAGCAUAGCCUCCCAGUUACCUCAGGGGAAAAGUUG